AUGGUGAUUGAUAUGGCAAUCGAUGAUGAGGUAGGUGGAAAUAACAAUGAUGGUAUAUGGAGACAUAGUGUAAAAAUGUCAUCAUCUGGUGGGAAAUCUGGGAUUAAGGAACCGGAUUAUUCUGGAAUUAAUAUCCUUCGGAUUAAACCGGAUUUAUUAUAUCAGGUUCCUUCGUUCUGA